AUGCACCGACCAUGUCCCGGAGAUUCACCACCACCAAACUGUCUUCACGGCUGCUUCUCGUCGUCACCAUUCCACAGCGCCGCCACAUCCUCCGAGCAUCCACCAGAUUCAACCACCACCACCGUCACUUCCGCCACUCUCCGCCGCAAUUUCGCCCAAACCACCGUCUCCACCAUUUUCCCGGACACUCAAUUCGCCGACCCAAACUCACUCCCUACCCUUCAAGAAUCCUUCACCGAUUUCAUCCAAGCUUACCCCAAUUACUCCGACACUUACAAGAUCGACCGCAUCAGAUCCGACCACUACUUUCACUUGGGUCUAUCACAUUACACGUGUCUUGAUUACAUUGGGAUUGGUUUAUACUCUUACUCUCAGUUGCUUAACUACGACCCUUCCACUUACCAGAUCUCCUCUUCCUUGUCUGAAAGUCCCUUCUUCAGUGUUUCUCCCAAGAUCGGUAACCUCAAGGAGAAGCUUCUCCACGACGGAGGUCAAGAAACAGAGUUCGAGUACUCGAUGAAGAGAAGAAUCAUGAAUUUUCUCAAAAUCUCCGAGGAAGACUACUCGAUGGUCUUCACCGCAAACAGAACCUCUGCUUUCAGGCUCGUCGCCGAGUGUUACCCGUUUAACUCAAAACGGAAGCUUUUGUCGGUUUACGACUACGAGAGUGAAGCUGUGAAUGAAAUCAACAGAGUCUCAGAGAAACGUGGAGCCAAAGUAGCUGCAGCGGAAUUCUCAUGGCCAAGGCUGAGAAUCUGUUCUUCCAAGCUGAGAAAGAUGGUCACUGCAGGUAAAAGCGGAAGCAAGAAGAAGACGAAGGGUAUUUUUGUCUUUCCGCUUCAUUCUAGGGUUACAGGAUCUAGGUAUCCGUAUCUAUGGAUGAGUGUGGCGCAAGAAAAUGGAUGGCAUGUGAUGAUCGAUGCUUGUGGAUUGGGUCCUAAAGAUAUGGACAGCUUUGGUCUUUCGAUAUAUAACCCCGAUUUCAUGGUGUGUUCGUUCUACAAGGUGUUUGGAGAAAACCCUUCCGGAUUCGGCUGCUUGUUCGUUAAGAAAUCUACCAUUCCUAUUCUUGAAUCCUCUACUGGUUCAGGUAUGGUUAACCUCGUACCUACUGACGAUCCAAUUUCAUUACACGCGUUGGAAAUCAAAUCGGAUGAAACAGAUAGCUCUAGUUCUCGAAUCGAAUAUAGAGGCCUAGAUCAUGUGGAUUCCCUUGGAUUGGUAGCAACAGGGAACAGAUCAAGAUGUUUGAUUAAUUGGUUGGUAAGUGCUCUAUACAAACUCAAGCAUUCUACAAGUAGUGGCCUCGUUAAAAUCUACGGUCCAAAAGUUAAUUUCAAUCGAGGACCGGCAAUUGCGUUCAAUCUAUUCAACCAAAAGGGAGAGAGAAUCGAACCAUUCAUCGUGCAGAAGCUAGCAGAUUGCAGCAACAUCUCGCUCGGACAAGGUUUCUUGAAGAAAAUCUCGUUCGAAGAGGAGCACGAAGGGGUGAAAGAUAGAGUUCUUGAGAAGAGAAAGAACAGAGAUGACGAACCGGGGAUCUCUGUUCUCACUGCUGCGUUAGGGUUUCUUGCGAACUUCGAAGAUGUUUAUAAGCUUUGGAUUUUCGUUGCUCGGUUUUUGGAUUCAGAGUUUGUGGAGAAAGAGAGUGUGAGAUGUGGAAUUCAUGUUUUUGAACACAAGAGCCGUGAAGUAGUCUAG